UUUUUUUUUUUUUAUCUCAAUGUCAAACGAGGCCUUUGGUGGCCUCUACGAUUAGGCCGGCCCCCUGCCAAAUAGGAGUAGCAGGCCAUUCAAAAGUAACCCAUACACCCCAUGGACUUCUCCCAACCACCGAACCCAAUCACAGCCCUCCCACCUCCGCCGCCGUCGCCGCCGCCACCGCCACUUCAUCAGAGCGAUGCAGUUGAGGAUGAUGAGACUGUGAAGCAACUCAGAGAGUGUUCUUCUUUCUACUUGUCUUUACAGGACUGUCUAGUCAAUACCAACAGAAAUUGGAAAUCUUGCCAAAUGGAAGUUCAGGCUUUGAAAGCAUGCAAUGAGAGGAGGAACAAUGAUAAGAGAAAGUGAAAUUUUGACAAAAAUAAGAUGAGUCUCUGAUUGAAUUUGUUUUACCAAUUUUGUGAUCAUUUUUUGGGUCUUGGCGUUGGAUGAAUAGAGGAACAUGAAAAUAAAAAUAAAAAUUUGAAGCCUUUGACAAUGUGAUACAAUGAUAAGCCUUCAACAAUGUUAUGUACUGAUAAUUACUGAAUUUUUUUAAUGCUUUCGUGGUUAAAUUGGAACAUUGAAGCAUUUAAUCAUGGUGACCAUUGUAUGAAGUUCUGAGAAUUCAUGAACAGAUUUUUUUUGGAAUUA